GCUUCCGGAACUUCCGGGCGGUCGCUGUUUGGGCGGGUGAAGGAUUAACGCCUUAGCUUGCGAUGGCCGCUGCCGUCGCUAUGGAGACUGACGACGCGGGGAACCGACUUCGCUUUCAGCUGGAGCUGGAGUUCGUGCAGUGCUUAGCCAACCCCAACUACCUGAACUUUCUGGCCCAAAGAGGUUACUUCAAAGACAAAGCUUUUGUUAACUAUCUUAAGUACUUGCUUUACUGGAAAGAACCAGAAUAUGCCAAGUAUCUAAAGUACCCUCAGUGUCUGCACAUGUUGGAGCUGCUCCAGUAUGAGCACUUCCGCAAGGAACUGGUGAAUGCGCAGUGCGCCAAGUUCAUCGACGAGCAGCAGAUCCUGCACUGGCAGCACUACUCCCGGAAACGCAUGCGUCUGCAGCAGGCACUGGCCGAGCAGCAGCAGCAGAACAGCGCCACGGGGAAGUGAGGUGUAGCCGCCACGGACUCUCUCCAGCUCUCUUUGUGGGGGGGGCACCUGAACCUGCGAUGGGCCCUUGCCUGUGGCUACCUCCCUCCAGCUCCCUUUGUAUUGUUCAUGGGCCACUGUUGUCACACAGUUGUACUUUGGUUUCCUGUGGGUUUGUAAGUUAUUAUUAAUGCUCAACCAACUGAAUAAAGAUACACGUCAGGUGCUUUAAACCA